GGCCAACACCCAAGGAGCAGAUCUGGCUUCAGCGUUACACACCUUGUGAGCCAUGUUUUUUGUUAGUGAGGCAGUGUUAUUGUUAUCCUUGAAAUGUGAAAAGGGGGCUUCAGCCUCUUCCCCCAUUUCUUCAGAUGCUGGAUUAAGGGGACAGUCUUCAAAAUCCCAUUCGGAAGUGUGCAAUGGGCCAAAAGGCCUUCUGCUGUGAAGGACUGGAAGAGAAAUUUCGCCGAGGUAACGAAAUGGUUGUGGGGUUGAAUUUUUUUUAAAAUAAAAAGCAAACUACUUCGGAUACUGGACAUCUGACACAAACACAACAUUACUGGAGAAACUCAGCCGGUCUGGCGACACCUGCGGAGAAAGAGUUAAAGACUGGAGUCCCUUACUACUGUUGGAGAAUUGGUUUUAUUCGUUAAUGGGAAAAGGGUCUUGCAGGCUGAAACAGAAGAUAUGGCCCCAAGCUAUCCCUAGUUGCUCUCCAUAACGUGGCAACGAGCUGCCUUGUGUAAGAUGUUGAAGUGCACCAUUCAUCCAGGGCCAGAAGAACACAAAAGAAAACAGUGCAUGCUGGAGAUGUGAAAGGAACAAUGAACAGAAAUUGCUGGAGAAACUCAGCAGGUCUACCAGCGUCUGUGGAGAUAGACAAAAGGUCUUGUCCAACCAACCUGUUCAGAGAGGUUGUAACACACUUCCACCCACCCGCAGCAGGCAGAACUUAAAAACACAGGCCUACCAAGCUCAGAGAGGUAGGGGCAGUACCAGUCACCUUCUCAGAGACGUUGCCCCUUCUUCAGGAUUCAACAGAACUUUAACUCAACUUCUGUGGACUUCUGAAGAUAUGGAAGUCGGUUGUGUCCGGGCUCAGCCUGCUCUCUCCUCCAGGAUUGACGAGGCGGCGUCGUGUGGACCCCCAUCUCCUGGGACCGGGCCAGGUCCAGGUCCAGGGCCCGGGCCGCUGCAGGACCCCGAGGAUGUGUACGAGACUCUGCCCGCUACCGUGUCGGUCAGCACCCACAUGAUGGCCGGCUCGCUGGCCGGGAUCAUGGAGCACUCCAUCAUGUUCCCCAUUGACUCAGUCAAGAUUUACCAGGGUUCAUUUGACAGCACCUUCCAGACCUGCAGCCUCUACUACAGAGAAGGAUAAUGACAGCAGAUACACGGAAACACUACCUUCCACGUCCUCCUCAAGCCACACGCUGUUUUAGACUGUCACUUGGUCAAAAUCAUGGAACUCUCUCCCUAACGGGAGGAAUGAGGACUGCAGCACUUUGAGAUGGUGGUGUGCUGUCACUUUCUCAAGGGACUGGCCUCCUUACUAUAAAACAAAACAUUUUUAUUAAAAAACGAAAUUGCCUGCUCAAUGAUUUUGAUCGUCACCUGCUUACAGAAAAGAUCCAGUUUUGAGUCCUGUAAGGAUUAUGCCCCAGUUUAAACAUUAAAGAUCUGAUUAUAGAGCUGACCUCGCCCAAACAAA